UCUCGGAACCGUGGAGGGAGAUAAACGGAUAAAAUGGCGAAUAGUGGACAGAAGACCGAAGAAACUGAUUUAUUAAAAAUCACUCCGCUUGGGUCUGGUCAAGAAGUUGGGAGAUCAUGUCAUUUGAUGGAAUAUAAAGGAAAAAAGAUUAUGCUGGACUGUGGAAUUCAUCCAGGGAUUAGUGGAUUAGCAGGCCUUCCGUAUCUUGAUUUCUCUGAUCCUGAUAAAGUUGAUUUAUUGCUUGUUACACAUUUUCAUCUUGACCAUUGUGGAGGUCUACCAUGGUUUCUACAGAAAACUCCUUUCAAAGGACGAGUGUUCAUGACUCAUGCUACAAAAGCUAUCUAUAGAUGGUUGCUCUCUGAUUAUAUCAAAGUCAGUAACAUAUCAACGGAGAAUCAACUCUACACAGAGAGUGAUUUAGAAGAAUCAAUGUCAAGAAUUGAAACCAUUAAUUUUCAUGAAGAGAAAGUUGUUGAAGGAAUUAAAUUCUGGUGUUAUCAUGCAGGUCAUGUUCUUGGUGCUGCAAUGUUUAUGAUUGAAAUAGCUGGUGUGAAAGUUCUUUAUACCGGUGAUUUUUCGAGAGAAGAAGACAGGCACUUGAUGGCAGCAGAGAUACCCGCUGUAAAACCAGAUGUUCUAAUUAUGGAAUCAACAUAUGGAACACAUAUACACGAACCACGAGAGGAAAGAGAAAGUCGGUUUACAGGGACAAUCCAUGAUAUUGUUAACAGAGGAGGUAGAUGUCUCAUACCUGUGUUUGCUUUGGGUAGAGCUCAAGAAUUACUGCUUAUUUUAGAUGAAUACUGGUCAAACCAUCCUGAACUUCACGACAUUCCCAUCUAUUAUGCAUCAAGUCUUGCUAAGAAAUGUAUGGCAGUUUAUCAAACAUAUUCAAAUGCAAUGAAUCACAAAAUACAAAAACAACUCACAAUUUCGAAUCCAUUUCAAUUCAAACAUAUUUCUAAUCUUAAGGGAAUGGAAUAUUUUGAUGACGUUGGUCCCUCAGUAGUAAUGGCAUCACCUGGUAUGAUGCAGACUGGCUUAUCUCGUGAAUUGUUUGAAACUUGGUGCACAGAUAGAAGGAAUGGUGUUAUUAUUGCUGGUUAUUGUGUUGAAGGGACAAUGGCUAAGCAUGUUCUAUCAGAACCAGACGAAGUACAGACAAUGCAAGGACAGAAGAUCCCAUUGAAAAUGUCCGUUGACUACAUCUCGUUCUCUGCUCAUGCUGACUACAGACAGGUUUCUGAAUUUGUGCGUACAAUCAAGCCUCCACAUAUAGUACUUGUUCAUGGUGAAGCAAAUGAAAUGGGCAGAUUGAAAGCAGCAUUGAACAGAGAAUAUGAAGAUGAUUUAGAAACUUCUAUCAAAAUACAUAAUCCUAAGAAUACGGAAUCCGUGCAAUUGUAUUUCAGAGGUGAAAAAAUGGCUAAAGUUAUGGGAAGUCUGGCGAUGAAGAGACCCAAACAUGGAGACAAAUUAUCUGGAAUUCUUGUCAAAAGAAACUUUAAUUAUCAUAUACUUGCACCACAAGAUUUGUCAGCCCACACGAAUCUGGCAACCUCAGUUCUGACACAAAGACAAACAGUUGCAUUUUCUGCUCCUUUGUCUAUGUUACAAUAUUAUUUAUAUCAACUAUCAAACGAUGUAACAGCUGUCAAACUACAAAACGGGAAAGAUUGUUUGAGGAUUUUCGAUGCCAUUACAAUUGUCAAAGAACCUAAUAUGUUGGUUUUAGAGUGGACAGCCAGUCCAGCAAAUGAUAUGUAUGCAGACUCCGUACUUGCAAUCAUAUUACGAGUUGAUACCGAUCCACAAGCACAAAAAGUUCCGCUUCAACGACUACAGAAACCAGAUUUAAACAAAGAAUUCAAAAGUCGAUUAGAGGUUAUGUUAGAAAGUAUGUACGGAGAAAGUUCAAUCCAACAACCAGCUCCAGGAGAAGAAGUAGCAAAUGUUAUAACACUAGCCAUAGGAACAACAAAUCUUACUAUCAAUACAGAAACAAGGGAAAUCUGCUGUCCAGAUGAUUCAAACUUAAAAGAAACAUUGUCAGAUUGUGUUGAAAGACUUCACGCUACUGUGAUGCCUGUUGGAUCUAAAGUCUGAUUCUGCCAGGAUAAAUGAAGCGUAACCUGGCAGAAUAAAAUUCUAGGUUCCAUCAACUAGUUGAGGAAACCUGCUCAGAACGUGCUGUGCAGCACAUUUUCCUAUUUGUUCAGAACAAGGUCUUGCGACCUUACCAGACAGUUUCAGCAUUGUGUCAUGAUUCUUGAAAUCCAUAUGAUUGAAAUAGAAGCCUAAUCUUUUUCCUCUCCUUCGCGAUAAAUAUUAAAAUUCUAUGAAAUUCUCAAGUACAGAGCUAGGGAUGUUGAACUUCCACAGAACACAAAGUUUAGAAUUUUUGUAUCUAGUUCUUAUACCUGACUGUUUAAUCUUUAACCAGAAUGGCAAUUUACCGAUGGACGGGCUUCUGCAAGUGACGGGGGAGAAGUGAAUCUAAUACCAUUACCUUCUUGCAAAGAAUAAAUGUUCCCUUAUUAUUAUUUUUAAAUUGUAUUAAAUUAAUGCAAUUUCUA